AUGAUUGAGAAGGAACAUCAGCUCAUGUUUGCCUGGACACAAGCGGGCUCUUUCGUUAUGAAAGAGCCCAAAAUGCUUGUGUACACCAUGUUUCCGUACUUGUACAACCUCCAUAUUGAGAUACAGACCGCCAUGGCUUUGGCGAUGUGUCUCUUAACACACCACGUCGAGAAUCUUGAACAGGUGGGACAUACGUCCAAUCUAUCGGGACGGCAGACAACUCAGCAGUCGACUAAUAACAACACAUACCAGGCAACUAACCAUCGCCCACGUUCCGUAUCUCAGCGCUCGAACGGGAUAACAACAAUCAACAACUCUGGAUCGCACACGCCGUCCAAAUCUCGGCGUCAAUCUCAAGCACUAUCUCAGUCUGAAGCGCAGAAACUUACAGAAAAAAUCGCGCAGAUUCAGGCGGACAUUGAAUCCCAGGCGGACAAUGACCAAACCUCCACCACCGCACAGCCGGAACCUCUGAACGCCAGUCUCUUUUUGAUUGGGCUUCACAACAAACAGACACUGAAGGCAAAUCGCGAACACGUUCAGACGGAAGAACCGGGUGCUGUGGGGGAAACAGCCGGUGUAGCGGAGCAUCAGAGAACAAUUGUCGAGGGUCACGAGAAUAUCAGGACCAACAACGAGACGAUUGGAGGCGGCAGUGUUUCUCUUGCUUUGCCCUGUGCCAUUCUGCCGCCCCUCUCGGUCGCACUACCAGAGCCCCCGGAUAUUCUGCACUCGCAACCUAACUCAGCCCGGCACCGCUGCCACCCUUACCGUGCACCAGACCAUUGCAAGCCUUUAAUGUGCUCUCAAACCCGUCCCUCAUCCACGCAUAGACAGACCAACGGCUACAGUUUCUGCCAGAGAUGCCCUCCCAUUGUGUGUGGCUUGCAAGUGCCGCCUGAGCUUCGCACGGCUGUCACUACGCGACGGGGACAUCGCGAACUAGCACGUGACUUGCAGAAUAAGGAGGCUGCUAAAAAGAAUAGAAAACGAGCAAAGGUCUACUCAGGGUACCUCAAUGAAGUAGCGCGCCAGUUGUCUUGGGAAAACAAGUGCCGAAGAGCCGAGCUGGCGGCUGCUAAGUUGAAGAUUGUGCGUCUUGAGGCUGAGUUCAGCGCGCUCAGGUUACAGCAACAUAAUUUAAACGCGGUAUUGGCAUUUGAGGUUCUGUCCUCGCCUCUGAUGUCAUCGGCGUCAACGCCCAGUGCCAGUGCACACGUGCGACAAUCACCCGCAUCGGUACCGCGGUUCGCAUGGGCCCAGCCUAUACAGGUUGCACCUGCCCUCGAUUUGUGGGCUUUGGACAUGGCUAUGACCGAUGCCUCCCCUGCUGCUACUUAUCAUUAUAGGUAG